AUAUGUCAUCCUGGUGCAUUUCAAGAUCUUCGGAAGAAAAUUCCAGCCAGCUUAACCUAACCGAGUUCGAGGACGAACUCUUCAGUGAUGAAGAACAAAAAUCGAUCACAGACAAUAUAACUUUCCACAAUAAAAAUAACCCCAAAAAGCCAAGCCCAUUGUUUGCUCUGCCCAAAAUAAAUAGCAAGAUAUCUUCUCCAAACAAGAAGAAGCUAAAACCCAAAAUCGACCAAUCCAAGCGGCGAAACUCUAUCAAAGUCCUGCAACUGAAGCCAUCCAAGACAAAUGAUCCAAAAUAAAUCCCUUUUCGUGCCUACCCACAAAACCUAUAUGAUCAAGAAAGCGAUUGAUGAUGCUGACUACUCAUUCAGGAUUGAUCCUUCCCAAAGUUAUGAGUUCCAGAAUCUCAGGCCAAGAGAUGGCAAGUAUUUACGCAGAUCCAAUCUCCAGUCCAAACAAGCAGUUAUAAGCUUCGUCUCCAAACAGAAAGUUAGGAGAAAAGGAGUCAGAGUCCGAGAGUCUGAUAUCUGUAUUUUGCAGGUAGAUAAUCACUUGAAAGUUGGAGGCACUCCAGCUGGCCUGCUGAGAAGGAGCUCAACUGUGAAUGCUCCAAAGCAGGACCCAAAUUUUUGAGUAUUAAUAGAGAGAAUAGUAGAGUAAGCACAAGACAGAAUAAAGCUCAAUUUGUUAAAAAAUCAUCCUUAAAAAGCUCGACUGGAUCAAGAAGUGUUAACAAGAAGAAUAUAUCUUUCUCUCGUAAUGACACAGUCUACUCCUACUCCAAAAACAGCGAAGUGGGUUCUGAAUGAAAGAUAACAAAAUCUGCCAAACGGCCAGAGCCUGCUCCCAGACUCCCUCC